AUGGACUAUAGUCACGAAUUUGCUAAGGAAGAAGAGGCGCUGAUACCAGAACUCUGCAAUGAAUAUCGGCCAUUGAUGAAAAAUGGGAAAUUGUUCUGUUCCCAAGGCAAACACCUUUUCCAAAGCCCUGAAGGAGUAAUGUCCAUCAAGAAGUGUGCUACAUGUAAAAUCAUACUGGAAAAGGAAGCAAAAUCCCAGAAACAGGCGAGGCAUUCAGCAAGAAACACCAGGGAUACUGCUCCAGCAAAGUUGAAUUGUGAUGAUUUCAGGAAAGGAGAGAGAGAUGGGGACUUUAUCUGCACCUUUGAUAAUGCCGCUGUUUGUGGCACAGAUGGAAAGACAUACAGCAACCGAUGUGCCCUCUGUGCUGAGAAUGUUAAAACCAGAUCUCAAGUUGACAUAAAAAGUGAAGGAGAAUGUAAUAACAGUGCUCCAGAGCAGGAUGUGUGUAGUGAUUUUCGACCCUAUGUGAAGGAUGGACGACUUGGAUGCACCAGGGAAAACGACCCAGUUCUUGGUCCUGAUGGGAAGACCCACGGCAAUAAGUGUGCAAUGUGUGCUGAGCUGUUCUUAAAAGAAGCUGAAGAAAAUGCCAAGAGAGAAAGUGAAAUCAGAAUUCGACGAAGUGCAGAAAAGGAUCUUUGCAGGGAAUACGAAGACCAAGUGAAGAACGGAAGACUUUACUGUACCCGGGAGAGCGAACCAGUGCGGGGCCCUGAUGGCAGGCUGCAUGGCAACAAGUGUGCCCUUUGUGCCGAAAUUUUCAAGCAGCGUUUUAUAAGAGAGAAAAGUAAAGAGGAUGAAGAGCUGAGAACUGCUAACGAAAAACUUAAAGCUAAGAGAGAAAUUGAGAGACUCUGCAGAGAGUAUCAAGAUCACGCAAGAAAUGGAGUACUUUUCUGCACUAGAGAAAAUGACCCUAUUCGUGGUCCAGAUGGGAAAAUGCAUGGCAACCUGUGUUCCAUGUGUCAAGCCUUCUUCCAAACAGAAGCUGAAGAAAAGAAAAAGGCUGAAGCAAAACCAAGAAAUAAAAGAGAAUCUAGCGGAAAGCCCUCACACACAGAGCUGUGUAGCACAUACCGCAGCGCGGUGAAGAAUGGAAAACUUGCGUGCUUCAGGGAGGGUGACCCCAUCCAGGGCCCUGAUGGGGAGAUGUAUGCCAAUACUUGCUACAUGUGUGCAGCCCUUUUCCAAGCAGAAGAAGAAAAGAAAAAGUUGAAAGACAGAGUAAGAAACAAAAGACAGUCUCACUCAACAACUUCAUUUGAGGCGUUGUGCAGCGAAUACCGCAAAUCCAGGAAGAAUGGGCAGCUUCUGUGCACCAAAGAGAAUGACCCCAUCAGGGGCCCUGAUGGGAAGAUGCACGGUAACACCUGCUCCAUGUGCGAGGCCUUCUUUAAACAAGAAGAAAAAGCAAGAGCAAAGGCUAAAAGACAAGCAACAGAGGAGCUGUGCGGUGAAUUUCGCAGCCAAGUGAGGAAUGGCAUGCUUAUCUGCACCAGGGAGAAAGACCCUGUCCGUGGGCCAGAUGGAAGAAUGCACGGAAACAAGUGUGCCAUGUGUGCGAGCAUGUUCAAACUGGAAGAAGAGAAGAAAAAUAAUGGCAAGAAUGGAAAGGAAAAAGCUGAGUCUGAGAAAGUCAAGAGAGAAGCAGUUCAGGAGCUGUGUAGUGAAUACCGCAAUUACAUAAGGAACGGUCGCCUUGCAUGCACCAGAGAGAAUGACCCCAUUGAGGGCCCAGAUGGGAAAAUCCAUGGCAACACGUGCUCCAUGUGUGAGGCCUUCUUCCAGCAAGAAGCAAAGGAGAAAAAAGAAGCUGAAUCCAGAGUGAAAGUAAAGAGAGAAGCUGAAAUGGAUACAUGCAGUGAGUUUCGGAGCCUUCUGCAAAAUGGCAAUCUUUUCUGCACACGAGAAAAUGAUCCUGUGCGUGGCCCAGAUGGCAAGACCCAUGGCAACAAGUGUGCCAUGUGCAAAGCAGUGUUCCAGAAAGAAGAUGAAGAAAGGAAGAGAAAAGAAGAGGAUAAUCAGAGAAAUGCCAGGGAGCACCAUUCCAGUGGUGGAGGCGGAGGGAAAGCUCAGGACCAAUGUGCUGAGUAUCGGGAAACUAUGAAAAAUGGCAAACUCAGCUGUACUCGGGAGAGUGAUCCUGUACGUGAUGCUAAUGGCAAAUCAUAUAACAAUAAGUGCACCAUGUGUAAAGACAUACUACAAAAAGAACAAGAGGAAAGAAAUAAGCAUUCUGGCAAUAGAUCAAAUGGGACUGAAUCAGCAUCAGGAAAGGGUGAAUGUGAUGAGUUUAGAUCUCAAAUGAAAAAUGGAAAACUUAUCUGCACCAGAGAAAGCGACCCUGUCCGGGGCCCAAAUGGCAAGACACAUGGCAAUAAGUGUGCUAUGUGUAAAAAACAAUUGGAGCGGGAAGCAGCUGAAAAAAAAAAGAAAGAGGAGGAUUCAAGAAACACAGACCAUACGAACAAGGAUCAGUGUCAUGAAUUCCGGAGCUUGGUGAGAGAGGGAAGGCUUAUCUGCACUAGAGAAAAUGACCCGAUUCGCGGUCCAUAUGGCAAGAUACACGUCAACAAGUGUGCCAUGUGCCAGAGCAUCUUCGAACGAGAAGCUAAUGAAAGGAAAAUGAAUGAUGAAGGAAAAGACCAGUGCAGAGAGGCCCAGAACCAGCCGGAGCGCGCGAGGUUUAGACAGUCUGAGCGUUCCUUGGCCUCCAUCGCCAGCAUUAGUCCAGAUGAGUGCAGUAACUUCCGAGCAACCUCCGGCAACAAUGAGCUGCUGUGCACUCGCGAGAACGACCCGGUGCGUGGUGUGGACGGAAAGCUGUACAAAAACAAGUGCCACAUGUGCAGAGCUGCCUUUCAACAAGAAGCCAGUGAAAAGCUAUCCCAAGUUAGGUCUUCUGAAGAGGAUAUCAGCCCAGAUGCCCCCAAUUCAUCUCUGGAUUCUAAUAUGUGCAAAGACUACCGAGUCAUGCCCCGGAUGGGUUACCUUUGCCCAAAGAAUUUAGAUUAUGUCUGUGGCGAGGAUGGCCAGACAUACAGCAAUCCCUGCAUGCUUUGUCAUGAAAACCUGCUACGCCAAACUAACAUACGCAUACAUAGUAAAGGGCCAUGUGUGGAGACAAGCACCCAGGGAAGGACGCCUGCCAGCAAGCCAACAUCUAUUCCUCCUAGAACCCAGCGGCAUCUAAACCCAGCACAUGCUUUGGAAACCUCCUGAUCAAAAUAUUAUCUGUUCAACUGGUUGUUCAAUAAAAGUAAACCCAGCAGA